AUGAGCGCCAAGUUUGAUGUGAUUCGACAGUGUGUGUGGCCGGCGUGUCUCGUGAGUCUGUUCGUCACCGGCGUCCUCUCCCUGGACUGUAACCUGCUGAAUGUUCACCUGAAGAGAGUCAUCUGGCAAAAUCUGAGACGUAUGAGCUGGAUGAGCAAUUCCUUUCCUAUAGAGUGUCUAAGAGAAGGCAAAGCUUUUGAGUUGCCCCAAGAGAUCCUCUCACACACCCAGCCUCUGAAGAGGGACAUCAAGGAGUGCUUCUAUGAAAUGUCCAGUCAGGCCUUCAACAUCUUCACUCAGGACACUUUCAAAUCCAUGUGGGAAGAGAAACACCUGAGACAAGUCCGGAUUGGACUUGAUCAGCAGCUGCAGUACCUGGAACAAUGCUUGGAAGAGGAGGAAAAGGAAGACAUGAGAGAGAUGGAAGAGGAUGGGCAGAAACCCUCAGGAGCUCCGAUCCCCGAGCAGAGCAACCUGGAACUGAGGAGGUAUUUCAACAGGAUAGACACAUUCCUCAAAGAAAAGAAAUACAGUCGCUGUGCCUGGGAGAUUGUCCAAAUGGAAAUCAGAAGAUGCUUCUACAUCUUUCAGAAAUUCACAGCACUACUCAGGAGGAAAUAA